AUGGCGAGCGACGUACCCAGCGUUUGCGUGCGUGAGCUCUAUGGCCAUCACGGACCCGUAAAUGCCGUGCGCUUUAACUCCAAGGGUACGUAUGUGAUGACUUGUGGCCAGGACAAAACGGUGAAGCUAUGGAACCCGCAUCGUGACGACUUGGAAAAUCCACAUAACGCACUUUUGAUCCAGACGUACAAAGGUAGACACGGAUACGACGUGCAAGAUGUUACGAUAGCUCACGACAAUUCCAAAUUUGCAUCGUGCGGUCGAGACCGAGACAUUUUUAUGUGGGACGUGCCUACUGCUCAUGUUACUCGCAAGUUUGAAGGCCACGAGCAUAGCGUUAACUGCGUGCGUUACAACGCCGAUUCAUCCGUAUUGCUGAGUGGUUCCUAUGACAAGACGAUUCGAGCUUGGGAUAUCAGGGCACGUAACGCAUUCACACCGAUUCAAGUAAUGGACGAUUUUAAAGAUAGUGUCACAUCAUUGGUCGUCACGGAUUAUGAAAUCGUUGCAGGGUGCGUUGAUGGGACAGUGCGUACGUACGACCUUCGCGCUGGUCAGCUCUUCUGCGACCAUAUUGACGAGCCUGUAGUGUCGAUCGCCCAAUCCCCUGACGCGCGUUUCAUGAUUGCUGGAUGUCUUGACGGCUCCAUCCGGCUGAUUGAAAAAGCCAACGGUACAGAAAUCAAAAGCUAUCGUGGGCAUAUCGUGCAGAGCUACAAAAUCGAGUGUGACUUCUCGAGCGACGGAGCGUAUGUGCUUAGUGGUUCUGAAAAUGGAAAAAUAUACUGGUGGAAUCUUGUGGAUGCGAAGAAUGCGCAUACAGUUAUUGCACAUUGCAAACCGGUCCGGGUACUCGAGUGCCAUCCGGAGAGUAGCAUGUUUGCUACAGGCUGUAUUGACGGCUCCGCAAAGGUUUGGUCCCAUUAA